AUGACUGCCGGAUGGGAAGUCUAUUUUUUGACAAUAUUAACGUUAUUAUUUACCUUCUGUGUACAAAGUCUGCAAAGUUUAGAAGUAAUAUAUGCAAUAAAUGCUGGUGGUGAAGCACACACUGACAGUUAUGGAAUUCGUUAUGCUAGAGAUCCUUUAUUGAAUAAAGUUGGAACUGCAUCUGAUUAUGGCAAGCAGUUAAUUAUUGGACGAGUAAAUGCCAUUGAUCAGAUCUUAUAUCAAACUGAACGCUAUCAUCAUAGUACAUUUGGAUAUGAUAUCCCUAUCAGCGAAGAUGGAGACUAUGUUAUGAUACUGAAGUUCUGUGAAGUUUAUUUCAAUUCUCCUAAUAUGAAGGUGUUUGAUGUUGUUUUAAAUGGAGAUCAUACUGUUGUUACUGACUUAGAUAUCUUUGAAAUAGUUGGACGUGGUAUAGCACAUGACGAAUAUAUUCCAUUUAAAGUUCAAGCUGGAAAAUUAAUAUAUAAUGAUGAAGAAUCUGAUAUAUUAGCUGGAAAAAUCAGAGUUGAAUUUAUAAAAGGCUACAGAGAUAACCCAAAGAUAAAUGCUAUUGCUGUAGUAAAAGGAAACAUUGCAGAUAUACCACAGUUGGGCCCAAUUCCUCAGGAACCAGAAGAGUAUCACAACAUACAGGAAGACGAGGAGGAGUCUACAGUUCGUAGUCGACAUACAAGUGGUCCCAGAACUCCAGACCCUUAUUCAAUUGAUGAUUCUUCAGUGAUGUUACCAGUCUUUAUAGCUCUUGGGUCAUUUAUUCCUUUACUAUUUUGCCUAUGCAAACUCUAGGUGGUAAAACUUUUUGCACAUGAAUGCCUUGUACUUAAAAAUAAUAGUGUUCUAUUCAGCUUAGGUAAAUUUAGUGCGUGAAGCAUUGCCUAUGUUGAUCAAGUGUACAUAGAGAGAACAUCUUUGAUUUUAAGAUAUAUCAUUAAACUUUAUUAAAGCUGUUUAUUAUUAAUUUAAUCAAAUGAACAUAUCUAUAUAUGUUUUUGUACGACAAACAAUUCAAAUUAGGAAGGAAAUUAGAAACUUAGGAGAGGCGAGGAGUUGUGUAGUCACGAAUUUUGUUGCCAUUUUGAUGUGUUCACUUAUGAGUUAUUUAAUUUUAAUGUUAAGAAUGAGAUAGCAACAUUGACAUUAUCUUUUUCUUUAAUAUUUGACUCUUCGUACUUUCAUUAAAUUACGGAUAAAUAUUUAUUAUUUUUAAGAAAAGCUUGUCGUUAUGUGUACAUGGCUUAUAUAAAAUUUUGGUUAUAAU